UACAGUCGAUCAGCACAGGAGCGGAGUUACACAGCAGGAGGACUGAAGGCCUAUGAGGAGUACAGUUUUACUGUAACUGUGUGCAACAGACAGGGCUGUGUGAGCAGUCCACCUGCAUCAGGCCGGACUCUGCCUUCCGCUCCUGCAGGUCUGAGCACCCCUAAAUUAAGGCCGCUGAAUAUGACAGUGAUGAAGGUUUCCUGGGAUGCCCCUGCGGAACUUAACGGGCCUCCACCUCUGUACCAUGUGGAGCGGACGGAUGUGUCUUUGUCUGACACCCAGGGUCGGGUUAUAAGGGGGAGACGCUUUACAGGGAAUGGCUACUUCAGGUUUCCCAGCUCUGCUUUGCCUGUCAACACUGACUUCACAGGCCUGCAGCUGAGUUUCCGGACACGCGUCGAGGAGGGGCUAUUGCUAUUUGCAGUUUCCCCUGGAGAACAGGAGGAGUAUGUCGCUCUGCAAAUACACAACGGCCGUCCAUACUUCCUCUUUGACCCUCAGGCCUCAGCUGUGGCCCUCAGCCCUCACAACGAUGGAGGUAGACGCUAUAAUGACAACCAGUGGCACCAUCUGAUUGCUACCAGGAAACAGGCCAUGGGAACAAUCAUUGUCGACAAUCAAUACAGCGGAUCAGCAUCAGCCACAAGUGGGAACACCAUCAUUGGUCAGAACACGGGUGUCUUCAUAGGAGGGAUUCCAGAGAAUUUCACCAUUCUUAGAGAAGACACUGGUCAAGCCAAGCUGGUGCAGCAGGGGUUUGCUGGGUGUUUGAGAGACGUGAUGGUGCAGAAAUCCAGUGGCACUACUGAUGCAUGGGAGCCUCUGGACUGGGACUCAGCACUUGAAAAACAUGAGACCUAUGAAAGUUGGGAGGGCUGUCCUGCUGUCUCUGAAGAUGGGGCGUACUUCCUAGGACAUGGUUUUCUGAAGGUCAUGCCUGAAAUAUUCGCUGGAGGAGAUUAUUUUGAAAUAUCAUUUGAGUUCAAAACUGAUCAGCUAAAUGCAAUGCUGUUGUUCGCUUAUGAUAUAGAUGGGAAAGAUUUCAUUUUGGCGGAGCUGCAGGGUGGAGUUCUUUUCUGGGUGUUGCGUUGGGGUGAACAGACGGCAGAGUUGAGCGUAUGGGUUGGCCUGUCCUACUGUGAUGGGGGCUGGAACACUUUAAAUGUGCUGAAGAGAGGCCUGUUAGCGAGUGCUGGCCUCAAUGGCGUAUAUGAACAGGACAGGAAGGGCAUAGGUGGCCCUCUGACCAUCAGCUCUCCACUCUAUCUAGGGGGAGUCCCACCAGGAGUGAAGCACCCAGCCCUGAACAAACACAGCCUUCUGCACAGUUUUGGCGGCUGCAUCAGGGAUGUUAGAUUCGCACGUGGGCCUGUCGUAAGCUUGGCGGCCGUGUCCAGCAGUGCUGUCAGAGUCAAUCUGGAUGGAUGCCUGUCAGCUGACACCAGCGUUAACUGCAGGGGAAAUGACUCCAUUCUGGUGUACACGGGCAGAGACAGGAGUGCAGAGGACCUGACACUGCAGCCCUUCACGGAGUAUUUGUACAGAGUAAUGGCAUCAGGAGAAGGAGGUUGGACAGCCGGGCCAUGGCAGCGGGGGCGCAGUGGAGAAACAGUUCCACAAAGUGUGCUGCCUCCCUCCAGAGUUGGGAGUGUAAAUGGUUCCAGCGUGGAGGUGAGCUGGGAGGAGCCGGCGGAGGUCAGAGGUGUAAUUGAGAAGUACGUACUGAAAGCAUACAGCCGGGACCGUCCCUCCUCGCCCCCAUCAGCGCCACCUUCCCCGACUCUCAGCACCUGA